AUGCCUCCUCAAAUUUCCGAUGAUGAAGGCUCCGAGGAUAGCGAAGGUCUCGGAGUUCCAAUUAGACAGGGAGUUCCAAUUAGACAGGAGAAGGUAGAAACCCUCAAACCGAAUGGAAAAGGAAAGGGCAAGGCAAAAGCUGCCAAAGAGGAGGAAGAGAAAUUGGAAGUCGAAUCUGUCGCAAAUGAAGAUGAGGAAGACGAUGAUGAAGACAUGGACGAGGAUGAAUAUAUCGUUGAAAAGAUCUUAAAUCAUCUUGUUGAUGAUGAGGACGGAACUAUCAAGUACGAGGUCAAAUGGGCAGGAUUCGAGAAGAAAUCGGAUAGAACAUGGGAGCCAGAAGAGAACUUGAUAACCGCACCUGAGGUUCUCACCGCGUACCUCUCAAAGGUUGGAGGCAAAGAGGCUAUCAUAGCAGAUUGGGAGGAAAAGAAAACAUCUGAACCAAAAGGACGUAAACGAGGUCGAUCUAGCGUUGGUGCAAAUGGCGGCGGCACAGCAGCAAAGAGAGGGCGCAAAAGUCACCCAGCGUCUUCUACACCCCCUGCCAGUGUCAAACAAGAGUUUAAGCCUCCUACCGGAAGCUGGGAAGAAGAUGUGAUUGCGAUUGAUGCUUGCGAAGGAGCCAAAGGGGAUGUUCUUGUCUACUUAACAUGGAAGGGUCAACACAAAACGCAACACCCUCUUUCGCAGGUAUAUAAACGUUGUCCACAGAGGAUGCUCAAAUUCUACGAAAGCCACCUUGUAUUUAAGAAGACCGAGCCGUCUGAACAAGAAGAAUAA